AUGGCGCACAUCCACAUCCCGUGCCAGAGCGCCUGGUGUGAGUUUCGGCCCUGGCUCAGACUCCAGCGCAGACUGGGAGGCGGUGGCGGUGGCCUGGGUGUCCAAGGAGCUGCUAUGGCCUCGUCCCCCACCAGGGCAUGUGUCAUCACCACCUGCAUCCUCACCACCUUCCUUUUCAGCACCGUGGGGAAAGUCCAGCAGUCCUCCCAGGAAAAAGGCUGUUCUUCCAACACCUGCACCCCACUGGCCUUCUCAGUGACUCUGGGGAAUGCACGGACAUUCGGGUAUGACCUCCAGUGCUGUAGCAGCGAGCUUUGCAACCAAAAGGACAUGUUCGUGUCUCAGAAGUCACCAGACCCCAACGGUGUCAAAUGUCCUGCCUGCUACAGCGAGGAAAGCGUCUUCUGUGGCACCACUGACCUUACCUGUGCAGGGCGGGAGACCAAGUGCGUGGAGGUUGUCGGCACAGCACUUGAUGGCUUAGCCAUGUAUGGUAUGGGCUGUGCCACUGAGAACGCCUGCAACUUGAAGGGUCAACAACUGUUGUCUGGCAUAAAGAUCUGGACCCGCUGCAUAGACCCCAGCAGUGGGGGCCCCGCCCUGCUGUCUGCCACCUCAUCGAUGCUGUCCAGCCUCUUCCUGCUCAAAGUCUUCCUGUGA